UUCAAAACGUCAUAAACUAACACAUUGUAAGAUUGGUGUUCCUUUAAUUUCCAAGUAACCCCCUCUUUUUAUGGUUGAUGUUAGAAAGGCGGCCGGCGACACCCUUGAAUAUCAUAAAGUCCGCUUCUACACUCAACUAUUAGUCUAUUACUACUCUCUAGACCCCAUUUUGUGGAAUUAUACGUCGUCGUUGUUUUCAGUAAUCAAAUGAUGCUUACUGCAACUUUUGUAUUCUUAUCUUUUUCUCUUUGUUAUCAUAUGUAUCUUUCUUUUGUGUUUUAACCAAACCUAGGAUAACUAGACAAUGCAUUAUUGUUACCUCGACAAUGAUAUUUGCCUACCUUGACAAGUACAAAUUGCUGAUUGAAUAAAAUGAUAAGGUGUCAGUUUUUAAUUUGCAUUUUGAGUUGAUGGAAACUUUUGUUGUCACUUGUCAUCAAAAUGAGAGAAAGGACCACACUUUUUGGUUAUAAAAAUCUCCAGUCAUCGCGUAAGUUUACAUCAAAAAGUCCUAAAAGGUUUACUCAGCCGUCGAAUUGUCUUAGCUCGAUGAAUGAAUCUAUUGAUAUUUCCUUAAUGAUCACGAACAAUUCUUCUCCUGUUACAACUUUGACUCAUAUACAGUGGUGUUUGCGUUGUACAGUAAUGAACAUGCGUAUUUUGAUCGUGAACAGAAUGGUUUAAUUAGGUCAUAUCGAGGACUUCUUAUGGAUUGGAAGAACAUGUGCAGGUUCCCUUAGCCUCCGUCAAUCGCAAUCUUUAAACGAUGGUGAGAGCUUAAGUUUUGAAGGGGAAACGUUUGAACUUGGAUUCUUUAGUCCAGGAAGUCGAAGGAUCAGUUCUUGGGCAUUUGGUAUAAGAAUAUCCCUGUCAGGACUGUUUUUUGGGUGGCAAAUAGGAAAACACAGAUUAAAGAUCGUACUGGAGAAUUGAUGAUUAACAACACGAGGAGUGUUGUGAUUACGAGUAGGAUUAGUGGUGCUAUUUGGUCAACAAGUUCUUUCACGGAUGCUAAAGCUCCUGUUUUACAGUUUUAGAUUCGGGGAAUCUUAUCGUAAGAGAUGAAAAGGGCAGUAACUCGGAUGUUUAUCUGUGGCAAAGCUUUGAUUAUCCGUCUGAUACACUGUUAUCUGGAAUGAAGUUUGGUUGGGAUUUACGAUCUGGUCUUAAUAGGAGGAUCUCUUUGUGGAGGAACUCUGAUGACCCCUCCCCCGGAGAACUAAGUAACGGGAUAGAGCUCCAUGAAUAUCCUCAGGCGGUUAUAUGGAAGGGCUCAAGAAAGUACUUCCGCGGUGGUCCAUGGACCGGAGAUAAAUUUAGUGGUGCUCCUGAAUUGAGGGUGAAUCCUGUAUUCGAUUACAGCUUUAUAUCGAACAAAGAUGAAGUGUACUACACCUACCGACUGAAGAACAAGUCUGUCAUUUCGAGGUUGGUCUUGAACGAGACAAGCUCUUCCCGACAACGAUAUAUGUGGGUUGGAGCUGAUCAAGCUUGGAGGCUCUAUGCAUUAGUGCCACGUGAUUAUUGCGACUCUUAUAGCCUUUGUGGUGCGAAUGGAGAUUGCGUAAUCAGUGACUCACCUGUUUGUCAAUGCUUGGAAGGUUUUAGACCGAAAUCAUCAGAACGGUGGACUUUGAUGGACUGGUCUCAGGGAUGCAUCCUCAGCAAGCCAUUGAGCUGCCAAAGUAAGGAUGUUUUCAGAAAAUUUUCAUCAGAUUACUCACAGAUCUUCUCUUCUACCUAAAAUACAGAUACUAGAACAAGAUCCUACAUAUCCCGAAGUACUUAUCGGAAGGGGAACAGCAUUGGCGUUUCAAAGAGAACUUGAUGCAGCUAUUUCUGAUUUUACAAUGGUUUGCAUUAUUUGUCCAUUUAUCGGCUGGGGAACAGCGUUGGCGUUUCAAAGAAACAAAUGCUUCUGCUGCUGGAAUUUUCCAUUGAAAGGAGGUGAGUUGACUAUACUAAACAUAUGCCUUCUUUGUGUGCCUUUAAGUUGAUCAAUAUUCGGUAUUGGUGAGCUCGAUAACAGAGGAAAGUGAUUCACAAAAGCUAGAUGAAAAAACACGUGAAUCCUUGGAUAAUCAAUGAAAGGUGGAUGCAGAUGUAUCUGCUGAUGAUAGUAUGCACCUAUUCGGACAAAACUGAUACCUAUUGUUUUCGUUUAAUGAGCAAAGCCUCACUUAUAGGGAUUUUUUGUAUCUUCUUAAAUGGCACUAAGUAAUAUCUGUCGAUUGUCAGCAUAUUUAACUUCUCUUUGAAGUGGCUUUUUGUUUUUCCUAGAAGUGCAUAUUCAAGUGAUAUACAUGGCUUGCGUUAAACAAAGCCAUAGCCAGCCUUACAAUGGAGUGCAGUAUGGAGUGUUUAGAACUUAAAACAUUGUUGAACUAUAGUGUUCAAAUCUAAGUUUUGUAUGAGAUGGUAACAUACAACGAUUCUGGAAUAAAGCAUUCUUAAGUUUCCAGUUGUAACAUACAUGUAAUAUGUAUCUCUGACUGAUAUAGGCUGUAUAAUUUGUUUCCGCAAUUUCAAGUUCCUAUUCAAGCCCUGAAAGAACAUCUGUCAAAGGAAGGCAUAGAAUGUAACGACAUUUUUUUCUAUAGAGCAGCUCGAUAUGCAAUCCUCUGCUAUUGUCAAUCCUCUUCAUUGUCAUAAAAGUUUUGUUCUCUCAUAAACACCAACGUAUAUGGAAUCAAUAGCAGUUCCCACUUACCCUUCAUGUGAUUUGAACCAUCUCACCAACAGGGCCAACUCCUAUGUUAAUAUUUUGUGAAGUUAGCAAGUGAUUUUUUAGCUUUUGAACGUAGAAGAUCAAUGAUAUCUCAUGAUUUUUGCUUCCCCUUUAUGUAACUGUUCAAUCUUUGUUAUGUAAUAAAUGAAGCAAUUUGCUUCCCAUUUUCUCAUGCUUCUUCAUUUGUAUGUAAACUGUUAACUUUC